AUGACCGCCACAUACGCUAGCGCCCAGCCCGCCGGCUUCUCCAACACCAUCACCAAAGUCGCCAUUGUCGGUGCCACCGGCACUAUUGGCGCACACAUCACCGCCGCUCUCCUCCAAACAGGCAAACACUCCAUCACCGCCCUCACCCGCAACACCGCCAACACCAACCUCCCCGCCGGCGUCACCCUCGCCGUCAUCGACUACUCCUCACCAGACACCAUCACCGCCGCCCUCGCCAACCACACCCUCCUCAUCAUCACCCUCGCGCCCAACGCCCCGCCCACCACACACAGCAUCCUCGUCCGCGCCGCCGCCGCCGCAGGCAUCCGCUACAUCAUCCCCAACUCCUACGGCGGCGACAUCACCAACACCUCCAUGGGCAGUGACACGCUCCUGGGCCCCGUCGCCGCCGCACAGCGCGCAGAGAUCGAAGAACUCGGUAUGCACUGGAUCGCAGUCUGCUGCGGCUUCUGGUACGACUAUAGCCUUGCGGGCGGCGAGGCGCGCUUCGGGUUCGACUUUGACAAGCGCGCUGUGACGCUGUACGAUGAAGGCGAUAUGGCGAUUCCGACAUCUACCUUGGCGCAGAUUGGACGGGCUGUUGCGGCGGUGCUGAGUCUCAAGGAGAUGCCGGACGAUGAGGCCGAUUCGAGCUUGACGCUGGCGAGUUUUGUUGAUAAGGGCUUGUACUUGAAGAGCUUUGUGGUCAGCCAGAAGGAUAUGCUGGAGAGUGUGAAGCGCGUGACGGGCACGACGGAUGCUGAUUGGACGGUUACAAAGGAGAGUUCGAAGAAGAGAUAUGAAGAGGGCAUGGCAAUGGUUAAGAAGGGCAACAUGGCUGGAUUUGGCAAGUUGCUGUAUGCGAGGGGAUUCUAUCCCGACACAUAUCACAAUCUCCUGGACAAGACUCAGAAUGAUAUCCUCGGUUUGCCAGAGGAGAACUUGGAUGAUGCUACCCAAGAUGCUGUCAACUUGGUACCCAUACUGGCUGCUCGUGCUGAACGCAUGGCCAACUGAGAUGGUGUAAGACGUUAGAGGCACGCU